AUGAAAGGAUUAAAUGUAAUUUGUGUAAUUUUUCUAUCAAUUUUCGUUAUCAAUACUACGUGUUACAACAAAUAUACCAAAGAAGCAAAUUUGGAAACUAAUGAUGUGAAUAAAAAUAAGGAUGAUGUUGAUGAACCAGUGGAUUUACGUCCUAUAACUCUGAAACAUCUGGAUCGGCCUUUUCGUAUGGCCAAAUUGAAUCUUUUAUGGUCCAAAGCAGUUUUGAGGCUAUCUGAUACCAAAUUAAAAUCUAUCUUUGGAGAUCUCAAACUUCACGAUAAAGAAGAAAUAACUUGGAAGCAUCUUCGAGCAGAGGGCAAGGACAAAGAUGGUACAAUGGAAGCCCAAUUAAGAAAAAAAUUGCUGCAGAUUAUGGAGAACUUUGGGUUAUUAGACCAAGCUGAUGAUAUCUCAGAUGUUGAAAAAGCAAAACGAUGGAAACCACUUAAUGAAGUCAGCGAUAAACACAUUAAUAAGAGUAUUUUUAAAGAUAAGAAGCUGAAUAAAUUGUGGGAAAAAGCUGAAAAAGCAGGAUUUACUACAGAAGAGCUCCUAGCUUUGAGGGAGGAAUUUGGACAUCAUCAAGAUAAAAUUGAUCAGUAUUAUUCACUAUUGCAUGAUGUGAAGGGCCAACCAGAAGAUUAUGAAGGAAAUGCAGUUGAAGAUUCUUUAGAUAAAUACAAUAAAAUAGAGCUCCAGGAAGAAAAAGAACCUAAUAAAAAUUAUUUAGAUAAAGUUAAUUUACUAAGAGAUAAACAUAAGGAAAUCAACGACGGCUUCGACCACCUCCAUUUACUUUCGGCCAAAGGUCCAGCAAGCAAAGAGUUUGUGGAACCCAAAGUUCAAGGUCUAUGGAAAGUUGCUCUGGAGAGUAAUUUCACACCAAGCGAACUUCAUUCAUUGAAGACUGAACUGCUUCAUUACGAAAAUAGGUUGUUGAAGCUCAGACAUCUGCAAGUAGAACAUGCUUUAAACGAGGAAAAAUUGAAGGAGAAACAAAAAAUUGGAAUUGCCGGCGGUAAAACUGACACACAUUCUCUUAUGGCUGACAAUAUUAAGAAGCAUGCCAGAAAAGUGGAGAAGAUACAUUUAGAUAUUGAAACUAGAAUUAUGCAAAAACAUAUCGAGCUAUAA